AAACGGUUGUGGAAUCCAAACGCUAAAUAGCUGGUGAAGUUUGGUGCACGUUUGCACUAAUGUUGGGAAGAUGUCAGAGGAAGCGCUGGAUGAACUGUCAGUGUUGUCUGCUAUUUUCUGCGAAAAAGAUGAAUUUGAGUUAAUUGAGGAAUCAGCUCAGACAGGACUCGUGUACCGCAUCUGCACUCCGAUAGACACAGACAGCGGGAGAAAAACCGUGAACCUUACUUUCCAUCUCCCUCUUCUAUACCCUCAAACCCCUCCUGAUAUCAGCGUCACCUCCAGCGAUUUCUCCAGGACCCACUGCCAGGAGCUGAAGAGAGCAAUGCUCAGUAAAGCUCACAGCCUUCCACCUGAGCCCAUGGUCCACCAUCUAGUCACGUGGCUUCAGUAUAAUAUUGCCGGCCUCAUUAGAACCCCAGACUGCUCCAAUACAGCAGAAAGGGAAGCAGAGGACACGUGGAUGGCAUUGCUGCAUUUGGAUCAUAUGCGCUCUAAAGCUAAAUAUAUCAAACUGAUUGAAAAGUGGACUUCAGAGCUGGGCUUGGUGGGGAGACUGUUUGUGGGAAGGCCCAUUUUAAUUUUACUGCAAGGAACAAAGGAAAGCAUUAAGGAAUACAUUCAUCUUCAGAGAACAGUGAAAGUUGACGUGGACUCUUCAGGCAAACGGUGUAAAGAGAAGAUGCUAAGGGUUUUAUGUGAAGUGCCCUUUACAGCGGAUUUCCAAAGAAUAUUAACGUUCGAGGUUAAAGAAGACUUGUCUUUAGACGACCUCAGAAGGGAGUUUGAUUUAGUCGGAUCGAUGAAGCUUUACCACGAAUUUGUUCCCUUGGUACAGUAAAUGUCUGAUAAAUGUGCUGCCUCUUUUUUGACUUUGCUUUUAUACAUGAUUUACUACUAGAGAAGUCCUUGAGGAAAUCUUGAUCGGAGAUUGAACACUCGGCAUUGCAGAUUCAGACAAGUAUAAAUUCACUUCAGCUGUAACCAAUUCAGUUCUGGUCAUGUUGCACAUUUGAAGCUCCUCAUUUAAACAAGGUACUGCACCGGACUGUGUUACAGCAGAGUGUUGCUGUCUCGCAGCUCUAGACAUCUCAGAGCGUGGAUUAUUAUCUGAGCAAGACCCUUAUCCCCUUAUCCCCCAUUAUAUAGUAUUAUAUCGUAUUUAUAAGUCACCAAAUUGGUACUUCUGGCUUCUCUUGGGUUUCCUGCCAAGAAAAAUCUUAUAAAUACAGGCAUCUCUCAGAUAAAUAUUUGCAUUUAUGUCUUUUGGAAGACGACAUGACAUUCAAGGUGCUUUAAAGUCUCAAUAAAUAUUUCUGUUCUAUUCUGUCCUUUUCCCACA